GCACUGGAUAUUUUAAAAAAUUUCCCUUUAACCUUUGACCUCCUUGACGUCUACCUUGCCGUUCUCUUCCCAGCAACACGUACCUAUGGGCGGACGGUUCUUUAGGUUUAGACUUCGAGUUGGAUUUGAACCCUGCUGACAUCAGUCUCCCGUGCACGGUGUGGGAGAGACAGUCUGAGGUGGUCAACGCGAUAGAGUGUUACAGUGAUGACAGGUUCAUGUGUGUUCAAAACCUGGUGCCACAGAAGUACCUCAACGGGAAUUUGUCAGAUGCCAUCUUCCCCCUGGAGCCUAGAUCCGCCUGUCUGUCCAUCUCAGCUGCCUCGCUGUCCCUCAACGACGUCGGCCUAGAGGUCUCGGAUGACCGGAUGUCCUGGACCUUGUGCAUUCAGCUGUGUCGGGGAGAUGGCCGGACGUACGCCGCGCUAAUGGACGACAAGUGUCGUUGCCAUGACAACGUCUACCCCAGCGGACUAGCCAAAGCUGAUGUUAUAAUGAGCACAUGCGGGUCUCCUUGUCCCGGCAAUGGUUUUCAGUACUGCGGGAGUGCUGCGGACAGUCUAGUGAUGGUUGUGAAUGCAGGAGCGUAUAGUGAAAAUGCCUUCAGCUGUGAAGAGCUCUUCAAUCAUGGAGUUCGUGUCAGUGGCCAGACAUAUCUGAUAGAGGACGAGACUUCACAAUCUGGAGCUGUCUACACAACCUGCUAUGGAACUGACACAACUCCCAAUCCCAUCAGCCCUGAAUGGAUCCGCUGGGGUAACAGCAGCCUGAACUACCGCUUCCUGGAACAGCCCAGGUCUGGAUUCAACAAAGGUGACCUGCUGUCGGGGUGUUGGUCGGAGUUUGCCGGUGCUUUCCCUUUGUCCAUCGUGGAUCCCGGGGAACGUGACUUUAUCACAUCGGUGCUUGCAGCCGAUGCCACUCUGCGGCAGAAUGAACUGUGGGCUAUCGGGGCCGUAGACGUCGGGCAGAUGGGGAAAAAGAGCUGGAUGCACCCAGAUCUGAGGAUAUGGGAGAGAAAACUCUACCCCGUGUUCCCGGUCUGUCUAUCAAUCCCGAGCCUGGAUGUCAACGAGACUGGCGUGCCUUUUGAGGUGGCGUUCACAAGAUGUCAAUACGACAACGUGAGUCUCAUUUGCAAGACAACCACAAAUUUCCAAGGCUGCCUGGACCCGCCCACACAAGACAUCUCCCUGUCCUUCCUGAAUGACCCAGAUAUGUCCGUGCUGCUCUGCAAAGAGCUCUGCAGUGGUAACGGGUCCACGUAUGCCGCCAUUUCCCGGGGUGAUUGUUUCUGCACUGACCAGAUGCCAGUCCAAGCCACGAUCCACGACCCGAAUAACUGCAAAACAUCAUGCUACGGCUUCAAAAGCCAAUACUGUGGUGGAUAUGGGGCUGCCUUGUGGUAUAGCUUAGAAAAGUACUCUCCUCAUGAGUACGCAGCUACCUGCCAACUUUUGUAUGACUCUGGGAUCUACAUUGCUUCCGACUACCGCUUGCUUAAUGGCAUAGAGUUCUGUGACACUUCGUGCGUGCCCUUGACCCUGCACCACGCCGAAGCAAACACGUCGGAGACGUACCACGGUACGGCCGUUCUCGUCAUGUGUCACGCUGGCUUCGGUAUUGAUGACAUCACCUCAGACUACGAGCUCACGUGUCUCAGUGAGCAGUGGCAUCCUGAAGAACUGACGUGCCAGCGCAACCGCUGCCCCUGGACAUCCACCGAUCUCAAAGUGCAGCACGCUCCCAGUGCAGAUAUCGCCUUCGACUACAGCACCACUGUGUGGCUCAUGUGCCAAGAUGGCUACAGGUUCUCUUCUGGCGAUGACGUCAUGGGAUUUUUCUGCGCGGAAGACAGUACUUGGGACCCAUCACUCGAGUCUUGUCAAGAAUUCUGUGCUGACUUAAACAGCACCGACCUCAAGGCCACCGUCUCGACAGUUGGUUGGUCAGCGACCGUCACAUGCUACACUGGCUUCACAUUGCCUGGAGGACUCGCGAGUUCCGUCCACGAGUGUAGAAACACGACCUGGGACCCUCAGCCACAGCCCUGUACAAGUAGGGGAAACUUGGGCUGAAGUUUAGAUAAAUUGCAGUUUUAUUAUUAUUUUUAUCUUAUUAUUUUUCCCCCUCUGGGAUAAUUUUAAA